AUGUCUAGUGGAAAGUUCGCGAUCCCUUCACUUUCGAAACAUGUUCCCACGCGGAGGAGCUCCUCUCGAGCUAUAAAGCGGAAAACAUUUGAUGAUCAAUGGGAAGCGCCAGUAAAUGCUACGAAACUUCUCAAAGGACCGGAUGGUGUUGGGAUUGGGUACUCUGGCUCGCCAAGCAGUACCCCGUCAACACCCGGGAUGAGUUCGGGAGCUUCAUUUGCCGAAAUGGCAGUGGCUGGAACAAGUUACGCGAUCGCACCAACCAUAGCAUCAGCUCGGAGGCAAAAGGACGCCUCUUCGACAUCAGUUACAUCUGGUUUUCAAUCUGGUCUCGCCGUGAACCCUGGAACUUCUCGUGCCAACACUAAAAAGCGGAUCAAAGGCAAGAAGAAACCCGCGAAUGCCAUAGAACUCGGUCGAUUCAAGCCGAUCGAUGAUCUCGCAUUGAUCAACGCUGUUCUUCAAACGAAUGAUCUGGAAGUGAUACACAAAUCAGUGAAAUUCACGUGUGAAUUCACGUUCCGGGAACUUACGCAACGAUGGCACCAGCUUCUUUAUGACAGCACUCUGUCAAAAAUGGCUGUUCAGGCCAUUCAAAAUCUACACCCCGAAACUGUUUGCCUGGUGCAGAGCAAAGCGUUGUUCAGUAGAGCAGAGGAGAAUUUACUCGCUGAAGUUACAUUCGAUGAGACAAAAUUCCCGAGUCUGUCGGAUUUUUCAGAACUCCUACGGCAGAAUCCGAGUGUGUUUCAUCCAGGUCGAACGCCGAAGACGUUGAUGAAGCACUGGAAUAUGAUGAAGAAUUAUGACUUGCUCAAAUGCCAGUCUCUGUCUACGUCUGGUGAUCGAACAUUUUUCGAUGUUCUGGCGACUAUCAGUGUCCCAGACCAUGAACCGCAUGAAGAUGUGCCAUUGCGUGAACUGCAAGCCCAGGGACGGUCCGUGAGGCUAGAAAUUAGGAAGCUAGAAAAAGAAGUGCAGGAAUGGGAAACACUAGCACGUUCGGUCACAGGUCAGGCAACUCUACCUGCGUUUGACGAUCAGACUGUUGCUCUGUUGCAAGGCCGCUUGACGUGUUACAAAAUGAAGAGCAAGGAGGUGAGCUUUGGACGAUCGGUCAAAGGAGGCUUCGUGGAUUUCGAUUUAUCGCUUGAAGGCCCCUCUGCAAAGAUAUCACGUCGUCAAGGCACGAUAAAGCUUCGCCCAAACGGCGACUUCUUUAUUCAAAACGACGGGAAACGCGCCAUUCUGGUAGAUGGCAAACCAGUGUUGCCUCAUCAUAAAUUCAAGCUUCACGAAAAUGCAGUUAUUCAAAUGUGCCGCACUCUCCAGCUGAUCUUCCACAUAAACGAACCUGUCGUUGAGGUUAUUCGCGAACGAGCGCGUGUACUGAAGGAGACGAGAGACUUGCAGAAGAAGCAAAAACUGGAGUUGGAAUUGUUGAAACAGGCUGGCGAGAACCAUGGAAGCGAUUUUUUGCCCGAAAUUAAGACCGAAAUGGUGGAAUCACCUGCGAAUCUACAGGAUGAUUCGGUUCCCUCUAUUGCCAUUGAAAAAGCCGAUGAUGACGAAUCAAUCCCCGAAGAACUCUACAUAAAAGACGAACCUCUAACGGAAGACGCGUCUGAGGAACUCGGCGAAAAAUCUGGGGAUUUAUACAUUCCCUCUGCGUCUGAUUCUUACGCCGCAGUGCCGCGUAUUGAACCUGAACCGAACCUGGAAUCCGGUGCCACGGAGGUUCCACCUCGUCGUUCAACUGCCUCACCAGAAAAUGAAGAUUCUUCGUCGAAUAAUGACGAAGUCGGUGAUGGCGCUGUGAAGCAGUUGGAUAGUGAGUCGAAUGCUAGCGAAGAGCCUAAACCUCCUGCACAUGUCGCCGAUGAGGUUUCCGUCUCUGCCCCAGAAUUAAUGGAUACUGAUGAAAGCUCGAUUAAAACGGAAUCAUCGAAUCCCAUCGAAGCACCGCUCGAGGAAAGCGGAGAAUCGAAAGAUGCUGUCGAAUUGGAUAGUGAGUCGAAUGCUAGCGAAGAGCCUAAACCUCCUGCACAUGUCGCCGAUGAGGUUUCCGUCUCUGCCCCAGAAUUAAUGGAUACUGAUGAAAGCUCGAUUAAAACGGAAUCAUCGAAUCCCAUCGAAGCACCGCUCGAGGAAAGCGGAGAAUCGAAAGAUGCUGUCGAAGUGUCAGCAGAAUGA